GUUGGAGAGGUCCUGUCUGGAAGGGCAGGUGACUCUGGAGGUCCUCUAAAGGUUGGCCAGCUCUCGAACUACUUUCGACUUGCCGCCCCUCACACUUACAAGCGACGCCCAAACUCGCAUGGCUACACGCCGGCAGGGCCGCCUUAAAUUCUCCAAGACAUACGGAGUGCUGACUCGCUCACAGCCGAACGGCUCUGCACAACCACAUCGGCCAGCACUUGCGACCCUCCACCCCAACUUGCGUUCGACAACGUUCAUGGUCAGAUUGACGCGAAGCAAUUCCGAUGCCCCGUUCGAUGAUCUGGAACCUAGUCCGCGGAAAAGAAAGCGCGCAAGCUCGCCAGUUGCACGAUCCGACAUCAAACGACGCCGAAAUAAUUCACAGCAACAAGCGUUGGUUUGCGAAGACGAGUGUGCUCCGACUGAGCCUGCUGAGCCUGCUGAGGAUCAGGAGAAUAGCGCGGACGAAGAUGCGGAGCACGACGGCCCUUGUGAGCCAUGUUCCCUUCCCAAUUGAAUCGUCUAUCCUGACCUUUGAUCAUCUAGCGGACGAAUUCUUGUUACAGAGUGCAGCGGCUUGGCAGCUCAAUCGUCUCAGAAAGGAGGACUUGGUUCGUCUUCACGGAUUAACGCAUUUGACUGAAGAUCCCGAAUCAUUCAACAAGUCCACUCUUGUCAACAUGCUUUUGGAAUAUCGCGCAUCCCAGAAUAGUGCUCUUUCUUCAGCAUCUUCAUCAAGUAGCGCAGUCCUAGAUGAAGAUGAGACACCACAUCUCAGAAGGACGCGGAGUUUGCACCGGCGCGCUACGGAAAAUUACCCGCCGUCCCCCUCCAGCCACCGUGCUAUCACGACGCGAAGCACCUCUCUCGGAAACGCAGCAGGGCGGCUUCUUGAUGCACGCUCCGAGACACGCAGGCCCCCUGGUUUGUUGACCAAUAUCUUAAGACCUCACGAGCCCUCCCCACGGAAAACCCGAGCACGUGCGAAACUGCUUGCAGUUCCAACUAAUCGUGCAAAGAACCAGUUUCCUACACCAGAGACCUCAGGUGGAUCAGACCAUCCCUCGUUUCAAAGCCCCCACCUUAUCCCAAGACGGCUUCGUCAACGUAACAUUUCUGGCUCUUCUGCCAUCAGCACAGAAGCACCACCAUCCGUCACGAUCGCCCGUCGUCGCUAUCCUCGCAAGGCCCGCUACCACGGGAGCUUGCGAGAGGACUCAACAGAAGACAACGAAGAGAAUGAGGAGAAUGAACAGUCUCAGGAAGGAGCCUCUGAGGACGAGCCCGAAGAAGUCCAAACUAGUGAUGCUUCGGAGGAUGUUGAGAGCUGUAGCAGUGAAAGUGAGGCCAUGGACAUGGAUCACCACCCUUCAUCUUCAACCCAUACCAAGACUGGUAGAGAACAGCGUCGUACCUGGAGCACAUCCCGUUCUAACAGGAGCGGCACUUCGAAUGGGGCUCGAACGACACGGAAACGCAGUGCUGGGUUAAUAUGCGAAACACGGGAACGUGCCACACAUUCGGAUGAAGAUGGUGACGACGAGGAUGAGGAUGAGGAAGAAUUGGUGGAUCCGGAUCCGCCAGCCGUCCAUGUGCUCAGAAAUGGUAAGGUCGUAGGUGAAAUGGCAGAUGAGACGGAAGAAGAUGAGCUAGAGAGUGAUGGGAUUGAAUUAGAUGAAUUAGAAGACGAAGACGAAGACGAAGAGGUUGAAUUAGAUGAGGGUACGAUCAUUUAUUAUUACCAGCAUCUCAUUCUGACUGUUGCUUGCCUGCCCCAGAUGAUCUCGAUAUGAGCCAGCAAACAAGAAAAACUUUGCUUCGUCAUAGACGUGAUGAUUUAGUUCGCCUAUGUGAGGCAAACGGCAUUGAGCCUGAUGGGACCAAGAAGCAGCUCGCUCGGGCACUUCUGGAAUGGGCAAGUUUUUUUUCGCAGUCAUCCCUAUCG